UUUGCCACAGACCUGCAGAAGGCCUCUCUGAUAUUGAAAGCAAGCAAAGCCACCCAAAAUUCCAAAGCCAAACCCAAAAAUAUACAUAAAGCUUAAUAAUUGCUAUUGAAAUGGAAGCUUCAAACUUUUCUAUAUAGAGGGUAUCCAAAGAAAUUGGAAAAAAAAAAAAAAAACGUGAAGGGAACUUUUAGACAUUGAUCAGACACUUAUAUUGUUAUAAUGCUUCACCGUUUCAGUUUAUAGAAAGAGAACUCAAAAGAAGUUUACUUGAUAUUCCAGCCAAGUCUUUUCAUGGAGUCUCUGUUCUGAGCUUGUUGGGUGUUUGGAGGCUUUGCUUAUCAUGGUUACACUGUCUGGUGCUUGUUUUCAAUGGCCAAUUCGCCAUAAAUUACUCAUAUUGAUUGAAUGAAAUGCAAUUGGAUAGUAUAGAGUUUCAUAGAUAUAAUGGCAGCAAAUGUGGUAAGGAUUGGAGAACUUAAGCAAAAGGAUUGUGAUCUCAAACCAGAGGGUAAAACAUUGUUGGGGUUACCAGCGAUGCACACCGAUAAUUGUAGUACUAAUAUGGAGGAGAAGGAUUUGAGUAAACGUGUAACCUCCUCAUCUGGAUACGAGUGCAGAAGUCCUUGUUCCAUAACUAGCAUUGCCCCUGAUGCUCAAGAGUUAAAAUUGAAAUAUCUAAGGAAUCCAAACUCAGCUGAUUAUAGUCAGGUAGGAAUUGGGUUUAGAAGUAAGGAUUCACAUGGUGAUUCUGUGUCAGAAGAUAAUGAUCAGAUGUUGUUGAGAGUUAGACGUGAGCUUAGAGAAAUCCAUUCUGGCAUCAGGAGUCCGAAGCCUUCUUCAAGCAAUUCCUCUGAGCAAGACCCUGAUAAAAUGUCAGCAUAUGUAAGGGCUAGGAACAGCAAGAUCAUCUCAAGCAAUAUGCUAAGUAUUGCCAAAAACCAUCUGAAGAUCCAAUCUCUUGUGAAGGAAACAGUUAAGGGUAAGGGUAUCAGUGAAAUCCCAGUUAUGGACCAGAAGGUAUCUUGCGAUACAAGGAUGAAAUCACUUAACCAAAAUGGUCAGCAUUCUUCACUUGUCCUUGAUAGGUCUGGUCCUGAAUCUAUCAGUACUGGGAUCUGCUUGAGGGAGUGGCUUGAACCCGGGCGUCACAAAGUAGAUAUAGCUGAAAGACUGCUCAUAUUUAGGCAGAUUGUGGAGUUGGUGGAUUAUGCACACUAUCAAGGUGUUGCCUUGCAAGAGUUGCGACCAUCACGCUUCAUUUUAUUGCCAUCAAAUGUUAUUAAAUAUACAGGUGCAUCAGCCAUCAGACAAUCAGACAGUAUUGUGAACCGAGAUUUGAGUAAGAAGAGGCUGUUAGAGCAAGGGGCCUGUGCUGGACGUAAUUUAGGUGGAAAACAGCGAAAACUGAGUGAGGAGAUGAUAUCUGUUAAAUACCAGCCUCAGUACACCUCUAGUUGUGGCUCUGGGACUAAAGUACGUAAUGAGAAGGAAUUCUGCAUAGAUCCACAAGAUUCUGGGUAUGGUGAACUCCAGUUCCAAAAUGCAGUACUAUUACCCAAACAACAAACCAUUUCUGCAACUAUUCAUUUGGAAGAGACGUGGUAUACGAGCCCAGAGGAUCUUGGUGAGAUAGGUUGCACACUGUCAUCAAAUAUCUAUGGCCUUGGCAUUCUUCUUUUUGAGUUGUUGUGCUGCUGUGAAUCGUGGGAGGUGCAUUCUGCAGUGAUGUCAGAUUUGCACCAUCGAAUCCUACCACCAAAUUUUCUUUCACGAAGUCCAAAGGAAGCUGGCUUUUGCUUUUGGCUUCUCCAUCCUGAACCUUUGUCUCGUCCAACAACUAGAGAAAUCUUGCAGUCUGAACUCAUAGGUGGACACAAAGAAGUGUAUCAUUGUGAUGAUUUCUCAAAUUUUGAUGAUGAUCUUGUUGCAGAAUCAGAGUUACGUAGUUUUCUCCUCUCAUUAAAAGACAGGAAGCAUGGGCGUGCCUCUAAGUUAAUCGAAGAUAUAAGAUGCUUAGAAGAAGAUAUAAACAAGUUUACGACAAGGCACUUAUCAAGGGAAUCCUUAGAUUAUUUCAGGGCACAGAAUGAGCUUUCCAGUGAAAGAGAACAUGGAUUCUGUCUGGAAGAGCCUGUACGCUCAGGUGUUUGUUCUAGAUUAUUCUCAGCAUCAGACAUGGAUGAGACACAAAUGAUGAAAAGUAUCAGUCAGCUAGACAAUGCCUACUUCUCCGCAAGAUCCCAAAUGCUGGUUAUGGAAACGGCUUCUGCAGCAGGUUCUAAUAAGGAUAUGUUAAACAAGCUAGAUAGUCAUGUGCGAAAUUGUACUCAAGAUUUAAGCAUCAAUAAGAAAUCAGGUGAUCCCCUUGGGGCCUUUUUUGAUGGUCUGACCAAGUUUGCUUGCCACAAAAAGUUUAAAGAAUGUGGGACACUAAGGAAUGCAGAUCUUCUCAACUCUUCCAGUGCAAUCUGCUCUUUAAGUUUCGACCGUGAUGAGGACUAUAUUGCUACAGCCGGAGUAUCAAAGAAAAUCAAAAUCUUUGAUUUUGGUGCCCUUGUAGACAACUCUUUAGAUAUCCAUUAUCCUUCAGUUGAGAUGUCAAACAAUUCUAAGCUGAGCUCUGUUUGCUGGAACAACUACUUUAAGAGCUAUCUGGCAUCAUCAGAUUAUGAUGGAGUGGUACAGAUAUGGGAUGCAAACACGGGUCAAAGAGUUUGUCAACAUAAAGAGCAUGAAAGGAGGGCUUGGUCUGUCGACUUUUCUCAAGCUGACCCAACAAAGUUUGCUAGUGGAAGUGAUGACUUUUCUGUGAGACUGUGGGAUGUUAAAGAGGAAAAUUCAAUAAACACUAUCUGGAACCCUGCUAAUGUCUGUUAUGUUCAGUUCUCCGCGUACUCUUCUCAUCUCUUGAUUCUUGGAUGUGCUGAUUACAAGAUCUACGGCUAUGAUCUUCGGCAUACUAGAAUGCCUUGGUGCACUUUACGUGGUCAUGAAAAAGCUGUUAGCUAUGUCAGAUUUGUAGAUAAAGAAACUCUUGUUUCCGCUUCCACGGACAACACUCUGAAGCUUUGGGAUCUUAACAAAUCUAGUUCAACUGGGUUGUCUUCCAAUGCCUGCAGCUUAACUUUUAGCGGUCAUACUAAUGAGAAGAAUUUUGUAGGUUUAUCUGUUUUUGAUGGAUACAUAGCAUGCGGUUCAGAAACUAAUGAGGUUUAUAGUUAUCACAGAAGUCUACCCAUUCCAAUCACUUCUCACAAAUUUGGAUCUAUUGAUCCUGUCCCUAGAAGUGAGAUUGGUGAUAGUGGACCGUAUGUCUCAAGUGUCUGUUGGCAAAGAAAGUCUAACACACUUGUUGCUGCCAACUCAAGUGGAACUAUGAAAUUAUUACAGAUAGUGUGAGUAAAAGCUUGCCUUCUCUAGAUCAUUAAAUGAAUCUGUUGUCUGCCGAAGCUUUGCCUGUCCUGUCUUCUUCGCAUGCAAGUAUGAAUGGGAAGCAUGAAAUUGUCGUGUUGAAGACUACAUUGUCAACAGAAGUUUAACAGAGCCAGCCCUGUGUGUUCUGGGUGCAGAGAGGGGAUGCACAGAGAAAUUAAUUUACCUUCAAUUGUGGGUUAAACGUCAUGCUGGAAUCUAGUUACCUGCUGAAGCUGAUAGCUGAAAAAUAUACAUCAUUGGUUCUAUAUUAGUUCCAAAAUUGGGACCUUUUUUUUUUUUUUCUUCUUUUCUGAAAAUAGAAUAGAAUAGAGCUGAAUGGUAGUGGAAUUCAGAUAGAUUGUAGAUUGGAGGGUUUGGGUGGCUAAAGAUCGGUGUAUAUUCACUAAAGAUUCCUGUGAUUUGUUUACAGAGCUUUGUCUGGACAAGGCAUAUAGAUCCUGUACAAGCAAUAUUUUGUUGAUACUAGUAAUUUAUGACACUACUAUGAUUGAUUGAUUGAUUGCUC